UGAUUACUUGCCGGUGCCCGGUGAUUGCCGAGCAUUUCCGAUGGGAAAGAGAGCUGUUUGUAAACAAAAUAGUUCUCCCUGUCAGCUCUUGCACACUGCUUUUGCAGUGUUGUGAUUACAGUGACAUGCAAAGCAGUGUGAUUACAGUGAAGAACAAACACACGGCCCCAUAGUAAAACACACCCAGCACACAGUGCCCCAUAUGUUAACCCCUUCCUGUCCAGUGCCAUUAGUACAAGGUCAGUGCUUUUUUUUUUUAGCACUGAUCACUGUAUUGGUGUCACUGAGGAUGCCAGUGACACCAAGUCAGUUCCCCCCCAGUGUCAGAAUGCCUGCCGCAGUCUCGCUAUAAGUUGCGGA